GCAAAUUCGAUCUCAACUUUUCCUUCACUAAUCAGCUGAUCGAUUGUUAUGAUUGAGUAAAGUGGUUUUCUUUGCAAUAAUUUUCUCUUUUUCUUUUUCUUCAACAUUCUCUCUCAUAUUCUUCCAAAUUCCAAGAUGAAAGUAAACAUUAAGAGCUGGCGAGGAGUUUCUGUUUGGAAAUGGAUCGCCAAAGAUGAUAAUUGUGGCAUUUGUCGUAAUGCUUUCGACGGUUGUUGCACCGACUGUAAGAUGCCCGGUGAUGAAUGUCCAUUGGUUUGGGGACAAUGUUCACACUGUUUCCAUAUUCAUUGUAUCAUGAAGUGGCUCAAUUCACCUCAAGUUGUUCAAUUGUGUCCAAUUUGCCGGCAAGAUUGGAAAUUCAAGGAAUAGUAAACAUGAUUACUCCAAAUUUCAACAUUACCUGUGAAUUAGAAACAGGUGAUCAAUGGGAAAAUGUCAACAAUCAAAACAAUCAUGUGACUAAUUAAACAAUCAUUUUUUCUCCAUCAUUCCAAUUCAAUUUGUUUAAUCGCGAUUAAAAAUAA